AGCUGAGCGUGCGCCGGAACAUCCGCUCGUGCUUUGAUCGAGGUCCUCAAGCAAUAUAAAAGGUUUUGCCCGUCCAUAAAAUGGUGACGACAUCAUGAUCUAUCACGGCUCUCCAUAUUGACGAUUUAUCACAAUGCGAGAACGUGUACAGGAUUUGCUACGACGACACGGCACUACUGCCCGGAAUGGCUUCCUUCCAGAUACUGAACCUCUACAUUGCCUUCCACACCCAUAUUACGCUCCUUGGGAGGCGCUCAUUGGCAACCUACCCCACCUAAUAUCUUCCCGACUGAUUCGAUCGGAAAUUGACGGCCUCCCGUUGCUUGACACGGUUUUUCUCGAAUCCGAAGCCGAAUGGCAACGAUCAUAUUCAAUUCUUGGUUUCCUGACGCACGCGUACAUAUGGGGAGGGGAGUAUCCGUCCGAAAGGCUUCCACCUCAGAUUACAUGUCCUCUGCUCAAGGUCUCGGAUUACUUUGGACUGCCACCGGUGGCGACCUAUGCGGCUCUCAACUUGUGGAACUUUGCGACCAAGAAGCCUGGCGCCGAUUCUUCGAACCCAGACAAUUUGCGCUCCCUGCACACGUGUACCGGCAGCAGGGAUGAAGAGUGGUUCUACCUGGUGUCCGUGGCGAUCGAGGCCAAGGGCUCCCUGUUCAUCAAGGAAAUCCUCAAUUGCAUCUACGCCACAGAGUACCACGACACAAAUACCGUCAUCGCCAGCCUGCGCUCAAUCACAGCCGGGGUCAACGAUGUUGGAAAACUGCUGGACCGAAUGCACGAGCACUGCGACCCACAGCGGUUCUACCAUGAGAUCCGACCUCUCCUUGCGGGGAGCAAAGGGAUGGCGGCAGCCGGGUUGCCGAACGGCGUCUUCUACGACGAAGGCGACGGUCGAGGUCAUUGGCGCCAAUACAGUGGCGGGAGCAACGCCCAGAGCUCGCUGAUCCAACUUUUGGAUAUUUUUCUCCGUGUCGAUCAUCACGCUACAGGUGAACAUUCCUCGUCAUCUUCUGUCAGUGAAGGCUGUUCAUCAAAGUCACGCCAAACGAAUGCAUUCAUGCUGGAAAUGAGAAAAUACAUGCCCCGAGCACACCGAGACUUUUUGUCGGAAGUCGAGCAUAUGAGCAACAUCAGGGAUUAUGUGCGUCGGUCUACGACACCAGUCGAGGUCCGCGAGGCGUACAACGAAGCCGUCGCCGCUGUUGUCGCGGUGCGAGACGUCCACAUCAGGAUCGUCAGUCGAUAUAUCAUUAUGCCAUCGAGAUCUCCGCCGGCUCCUUAUAUAAAAAAACAAAAAGGAGCAGUGAAUCUGGCUUCGGCUUCCUCAAAGUGCUGCCAAAGCGGCGGGAGUGGUGGUAGUGGUGGUGGAAGAGACGACAUUCAAUUGUAUGGGACCGGAGGUACUGAACUCAUCCCUUUCUUGAAGAGGACAAGAGAUGAGACGCGAGACACUGUCGUGGAGGUGCCUUGA